AUGGAAUUAAUGAACACUUACUUGGAAGCUCUUGCUGGAUAUAUAAAUGAUGAAGACAAACUUGUUACGUAUAAAUGGCUGAGCAAAGAGCUAGAGAUCCAUGUGAAUGUGGCGAAGCAAGUCCUGGAGGAGUAUUGGAAUAAAAAUAAAUCCAGUGAUGAGCUCGUUGCAACAAUCAUGAUAAUAGGGUACACCAAAGAUGGAGGAAUGCGGGUUGAGGUGAUAAAGGAGUCGGAUUUUGUUGCUGCUGCUGCUGCUGCUGCUGCUGAUAAAUACGACAGGAUAAUAUCACAGCACCUGUACAGCUUACAGAAGUCACUGCCCGAUCUUCAACUCUUGGCUGAGGUAGGUCAGGGUGACACUAAAUUCUCGGCUAUCACGUGUAAGAACGCCGUGGUGCUGAGCGAUGAAGAAUUGUUCAAGCGAAGGUGGGGUCGCGAGCAAACGUACGAGGUACCCGUUGAGCACAAGCCUCCCGAGCCGAAGAAGGGAAUUAUGAGCAGUUUUGCCAAGGCUGCUGACAAGGUGAGCGAUAGCAAGUCCAAUAAUGAUAAGAGUGAUGAUAAUAACGUGAGUAACGGCGUAAAAGAUAAAGAAGAAAAAGUGGAAGUGAAAAAAGUAUCACCUGUUAAAAAUAAACCUGCUGAUACGAAGAAAGGUGUGCCUAAAAAACCUGUCCAGUCUCAGAAAACUGGACUGAACAAUUUGUUCGGCAAGGUCGCUGCUGCUAACUCCAAAAAAUCACCACCUAAAAAAGACUCUGAUAAAGAGAAAGAAAACAAAAGCAAUGGAGUUGAAGACAGUCCUAUGGAAAUUGAUGAAAGUCAGGUCGUGGUAAGCAACGGGCUGUCUGUUAGUAAGUCUAAUUCAGAAGUUAGCAAUUCAGAAGCGAGUCAAAAAAGCAAUGGUAGUACGAAAGCUAAUAAAGUUAAAUCUAAACAAAAUCGCGGUAGCAAACGAAACAGGAGUAGGGAUUCAAGUAAAGAAGAUACUAAAAAAAGGAAACGUAUCUUCAUAGCUUCUGAUUCUAGUGACGAAUCUGCUGCGGAACAAGAGCCAGACUUCUUUGAUGAUCUUCCACCCCCGGAACCAACAGUUACGAGAAAAUCACCAUCGCCACCGCCGGUUAAGCUUGUGGAGGGUAAACGCAAGGUACGCAAAGCUGUGGAUAAAACUUUCGUUGACGAAGAAGGUUUUCUUGUCACUAAAAAGACUUUUGUCUACGAGAGCGCUUCUGACGAAGAAACUCCACCACCUGCUGUGGUUAAAGAAAGAGAGGUGAAGAAAGCUACUGAUAAGGCUGCUGUCGCUCAGAUUAAAAAACAAAACAAGCAGACUUCUAUAAUGAGUUUCUUUAAAAAAGCUUAA